CGCGGAGCCCCGGCUGGAAGUACGGAGAGACGGGUGCGCAUACGCCUCGGUACUACGAGGCACUUGAGCCGAAGCCAGCCUUUCCCGUCUCCGGCUCCGGUGCGACUGCGCCGUGAAGCCGCUGGCGGCGAUUGGCCCAGGGGGUGAGAGGGGGCGGGAGGUAGAGAGAGGGAAGUCCCUCGUCCUCGGCGCGCGCCCACCCGCCCGCCCGCUCGCGGCAGGGGAACCAAGGGGGCUGGAGAGGAAGCAGCUCCCCGCUGCGUUGUAUUGGGCUCCGAGGGCCGAAAGGGGGAGGAAGGAAGGGCGAGAAACAAACACUACGUAGCGGAGGCUGCGCGCGGCCCUCUGCCUGCGUGCCUACGUGCGUGCGCUCGCUCGCGCGGGCUCAGUGCUGGCGCGUGAGGCGGAGGCGGGCGGCGGCGGCGCCUGCGCGGUCGGGCUCGGUCGACUGUUCGCAGGGGAGGAGGCGGCGGGAGGCGGAGGAGGCGGCGGCGGCGAUGGAGGUGAAGCGGCUGAAAGUGACCGAGCUGCGGUCGGAGCUGCAGCGGCGCGGCCUGGACUCGCGCGGCCUCAAGGUGGAUCUGGCGCAGCGGCUGCAGGAGGCGCUGGACGCCGAGAUGCUCGAGGACGAGGCCGGCGGUGGCGGGGCCGGGCCCGGCGGGGCCUGCAAGGCGGAGCCUCGGCCUGUGGCCGCGUCGGGCGGCGGCCCGGGCGGGGACGAGGAGGAGGACGAAGAGGAGGAGGAGGAGGACGAGGAGGCGCUGCUUGAGGACGAAGACGAAGAGCCACCCCCUGCCCAGGCCUCGGGCCAGGCCGCACAGCCGCCGCCGGAGCCCCCGGAGGCGGCAGCCGUGGAGGCCGCGGCCGAGCCCGAUGCUUCCGAGAAACCGGCGGAGGAGGCCACAGCCGAGUCAGGUGGGGUGAACGGUGGCGAAGAGCAGGGCACCGGCAGGGGGGAGGAAGAUGAGCCGGAGGAUCGGAGCGGAGACGAGACGCCGGGAUCCGAGGCGCCGGGUGACAAGGCCGCAGAGGAACAGGGAGAUGACCAAGAUAGUGAAAAGUCAAAACCAGCAGGCUCAGAUGGUGAGCGGCGGGGGGUAAAGAGACAGCGGGAUGAGAAGGAUGAACAUGGCCGAGCUUACUAUGAAUUCCGAGAGGAGGCUUACCACAGCCGUUCAAAGUCUCCACCACCCCCGGAAGAAGAGGCAAAAGAUGAGGAAGAGGAUCAGACUCUCGUGAACCUGGACACGUAUACCUCGGAUCUCCAUUUUCAAGUGAGCAAAGACCGCUAUGGAGGGCAGCCACUUUUCUCAGAGAAGUUCCCCACUCUUUGGUCUGGGGCAAGAAGUACUUAUGGAGUGACAAAGGGGAAAGUCUGCUUUGAGGCCAAGGUAACCCAGAAUCUCCCAAUGAAAGAAGGCUGCACAGAGGUUUCUCUCCUUCGAGUUGGAUGGUCUGUUGAUUUUUCCCAUCCACAGCUUGGUGAGGAUGAAUUCUCUUACGGUUUCGAUGGACGAGGACUCAAGGCAGAGAAUGGGCAGUUUGAGGAAUUUGGCCAGACUUUUGGGGAGAAUGAUGUCAUUGGCUGCUUUGCUAAUUUUGAGGCUGAAGAAGUAGAACUUUCCUUUUCCAAGAAUGGAGAAGACCUUGGUGUGGCAUUCCGUAUCAACAAGGAAUCCCUGGCUGACCGGGCCCUCCUACCCCAUGUCCUCUGCAAAAAUUGUGUUGUAGAAUUAAAUUUUGGUCAGAAGGAGGAGCCCUUCUUCCCACCGCCAGAAGAGUUUGUGUUCAUCCAUGCCGUGCCUGUGGAGGAGCGCGUGCGCACUGCGGUCCCUCCCAAGACCAUAGAGGAGUGUGAGGUGAUUCUGAUGGUGGGACUGCCUGGAUCUGGAAAGACCCAGUGGGCACUGAAAUACGCAAAAGAAAACCCUGAGAAAAGAUACAAUGUCCUGGGAGCUGAGACUGUGCUCAAUCAAAUGAGGAUGAAGGGGCUCGAGGAGCCACAGAUGGACCCCAAAAGCCGAGACCUUUUAGUUCAGCAAGCCUCCCAGUGCCUUAGUAAGCUGGUCCAGAUUGCUUCCCGGACAAAGAGGAACUUCAUUCUUGAUCAGUGUAACGUGUACAACUCUGGGCAACGGCGGAAGCUAUUGCUGUUUAAGACUUUCUCUCGGAAAGUGGUGGUGGUCGUCCCUAAUGAGGAGGACUGGAAGAAGAGGCUGGAGCUGAGGAAGGAAGUGGAGGGAGAUGAUGUGCCUGAGUCUAUAAUGCUGGAGAUGAAAGCCAACUUCUCUCUGCCUGAAAAAUGCGACUAUAUGGAUGAGGUGACAUACGGGGAGCUGGAGAAGGAGGAAGCUCAGCCCAUUGUCACUAAGUACAAGGAGGAGGCAAGGAAGCUGCUGCCCCCCUCGGAGAAGCGGACAAACCGCCGGAACAAUCGAAACAAGCGAAACCGGCAGAACCGAAGCAGAGGCCAAGGCUACGUGGGCGGGCAGCGCCGAGGCUACGACAACCGGGCCUACGGGCAGCAGUACUGGGGGCAGUCUGGAAACAGAGGGGGUUACCGUAAUUUCUACGAUCGAUACAGGGGAGACUACGAUCGGUUCUAUGGGCGAGAUUAUGAGUACAACAGAUACAGAGACUAUUACAGACAAUACAGUCGGGAUUGGCAGAAUUACUACUACCACCAUCCCCAGGACAGAGACCGAUACUACAGGAACUACUACGGUUACCAAGGGUAUCGGUGAAGCCCCUGCCGUGGUCGCCUGUCAGCCAUGAAGCUGAAUCUCGGGGGGUGCCAAGCACCCCCCAAAACACAACCAAGGAAAACAGGGGCUGCCGGGGUGGGGCUGAGCUGCCG